CUUUCCUGUUCGAGACUCCGCCUCCGCCGGAGGGGCUCGGCUUCGAGAUUCAAGAUGGAGUCGCUGAGUCGAGCUGGGCAGGAAAUGAGUCUAGCGGCUCUGAAGCAACACGACCCCUACAUCACCAGCAUCGCAGACCUCACGGGCCAGGUCGCUCUGUACACUUUCUGCCCCAAGGCCAACCAGUGGGAGAAGACUGAUAUAGAAGGGACUUUGUUUGUUUAUCGAAGGUCAGCUUCACCUUACCAUGGUUUUACCAUUGUCAAUCGACUGAAUAUGCACAAUCUAGUUGAACCAGUGAAUAAAGAUUUGGAGUUUCAGCUCCAUGAACCAUUUCUUCUAUAUAGAAAUGCAAGCUUAUCAAUAUACAGCAUCUGGUUUUAUGACAAGAAUGACUGUCACCGCAUAGCAAAACUCAUGGCUGAUGUGGUAGAAGAGGAGACACGCCGAUCCCAGCAAGCUGCUCGAGACAAACAGAGUCCCAGCCAGGCCAAUGGCUGCAGCGACCACAGGCCCAUCGACAUCCUGGAAAUGCUGAGUAGAGCCAAGGAUGAGUACGAGAGGACUCAGAUGGGGGACUCAGAUAUCUCCAGCCCUGGGUUACAGCCAGGCACUCAGCUCUUCAAUCUGGGAAGUACAGAAACUCUAGAGGACACAUUCUCUGGGUCACAAGAUAAGUCUGCUCCAUCUGGACAUAAACAUCUGACCGUGGAAGAGUUAUUUGGAACCUCUUUGCCAAAGGAACAACCAGCAGUGAUGAGUCUGGAUUCAGAAGAAGUAGAGAAGCUGCCAGGAGAUGCCUCCCAGAAAGAACCCAGCUCCUUCCUACCCUUUCCCUUUGAGCAUUCCGGAGAAGCUGCUCAGCCGGAAAACCUGAGUGUCCAUUCAGCCGCUCACCAUGCAGUCCAGCCUGAAGUCUCCACCCCAGUGCUCAUCACUCCAGCUUCAAUCACACAGUCUAGUGAGAGGCAUGCCCCAAGCUACACGGUCCCCUUGAGCCCUGUGCUCAGUCCCACUCUGCCAGCCGAAGCUGCUACUCCACAAAUUGUCCCUGGUUUACCUCGAAAUAGCACCAUAAUGCAAGGAGUGAAAACCACGCCUAGACAGAGGUCUCCACUCCUGAACCAGCCAGUCCCUGAGCUCAGCCACACCGGUCUAAUUGCCAGCCAGAGCCCCUUCAGGCCCCCACUGAGCAUGACGAACACAGCUGGCACAUCCCUCCCUAGCGUUGAUCUUCUCCAGAAACUCAGGUUGACUCCACAGCAUGACCAAAUGCAGACACAGCCGCUUGGGAAAGGUGCAGUCGCACCUAGCUUUCCUCCAGCAGCUGGUCAGCUGGCCACGCCUGAGAGCUUCACAGAGCCGCCCUCCAAGGUGGCAGCAGCAAGGGCAGCAGCCGCCGCCUCCCUGAGCAGCAUGGGCCUGGCCCCCCUUCAGUCUGUGCAGCAAACCCAGGACCCUGAGGUAUUUGCCCAGCCUAAGGCGUUAAUCAGUGCCAUCACGGUUGCAGGCCCUCCAUUGGUUACUGCGACGACCACAGCAGUAUCUUCAGUCCUGCUGUCCCCAAGUGUUUUCCAGCAGACUGUUCCGAGGUCCACAGACCUUGAAAGGAAAGCAAGCUCCCCUUCUCCCCUCACCAUUGGAACACCAGAAAAUCAGAGAAAGCCUUCCAUUAUUCUCAGCAAGUCUCAGCUCCAAGAUACAUUGAUACAUCUAAUAAAGAAUGAUCCCAGCUUCCUCAGUACACUUCAUGAAGCUUACCUGCAGGUUCUGACCAAGAACAAAGACAACCACAAGCUAUGACUGGAGUGGGAUAAACCUGAAGGCAGAGAGUCAACCUCAAAAACAAAUAGGCAUCAUCAUGGAAACGUCUUUCUAAAUAGAACGUGGGAGUUUUGAGAAUUCUGAAAUUCAGCCCGUGAGAAAGAGACUCAGUCCUUAAGAAUGUUUCCGGUGACAUUCUUGGUGAUAAUGGAGGUUUCGCUGUGAAGCAUCACCAGCAGACUUUUAUUUUGACAAAACAACAAAAAGACCAUUGUGUUCCAUGGGUGUUUUCCUCAGCUGUGUGGAAGUGUGUGUGGAAUAGGGAGUCUGGUUUCAGCUUGCUUUCAUUUUCACGAUCUUAGGAGUAGUCACCAGCCUUGGCAGCAGAGCUCAGCCUAGCCUACACCACCGCCCGACCCACGCACUGGACUCAUCGGCAUUAGGCUGAUGGUCAAGGGUUGAGCAGAGUAGACAUCAGUUCUAAAAGUAGCAUCAGGUUUUAAAGGAUCAGAGUUUAAGUUGAUAAAUUAGGAAUGAUUUGUUCAAGUGAAGUCUUUUAUAUGUGUGCCGCCAUUUGGGCCUUUAAAAUUCUGAAAUUUCCCUGCGCUUUGUUUUUAAGUGUCCCCACUCCUGCCAUGCAGUAGGCACCAAUGCAGGCACCAGUGCAGCGUUACUGUGGAAGAAGGGCCUUCUGAGAUCUGUAGUGAUACGAAAUUUGAAACAGGCUGGGGCUGGGAAUGCUCAAAUCCUACCAGAAAUUUUCAUUUUAAGUUAAACUUUCCAGUGGUUUUGGAAAUGUUAAAUUUGUAUGAGAAGCACAGCCUUAUUUUCCUUUUCUGUCUAAACACAGUUAGAAGUCAUUGUUAAUUGUAUUCCUUAACACUUUGACAAAAGGACCAGUGGACCAAUCCGACAAGGCCAUUCUGGUUCCAUUCCUCGAGUGUACUGAGAACCAUUUUAAAGCUGUGCAGAAAAGGGAGCUGUGACUCACACUGCCCUUACUGUGUUGUAGAAUACAGAGUUUGAAAGGAAGUGUGAGGUUCAGAAUGCCACCAGUGUACCCCCAGGUUGUGAGCACUUUCCCGGCCCAAAGUGUGGACACGGACACGCGUGAAGAUGCUUUGUUACGCUGCUGUUGAUCUGCCGUGAUAUAUAUUUAUUCCUUUAUGGCAUGGAAUGGUGCUCAACAAUAUCUUAAUGUAGAUUUUGAUUUAUUUCAGCAAUAGCAACUUUAAGACCUUCUCUGAAUGAGUGUCUGCGUUUCUAAGAUACAGGUCAUUUUGUAGCAUUUGACCAGUUAAGACGCACUGCUUACCUUCCCAAGUACUAUUUCAUGAGGGCUAAAAACCCACCUGGCCCAACCAGCUAUCACAAGGGCUAGCUGUGAAUAAUGCUGUCAGAUGUCGUGGUUCCUUGGGAACAGUCAUUUAAGCUUUAAUGGUAACUCAAUCAUGGAUCUGUAGGAGUUUUUUUCUUGCUGAAAUUUUAGGAAAUUACUUGUGAAUUACAAACUUACUUUAGUUCGGUCUUAGUUUUUAGCGUAAAGAAUACUUCAUUUGAUUAGCUUCUAUUGGUCUAAACAGGCUUCCUAGACAGUGUUCUGCGCAGCUUAGUGUCUUCUCUGCUGUCUGCCUAGUUAACGUGUGAAUUGUGUAGAAUUCAGGGAAAUUUAUAAGUUUUCUUACUCAAUUGGGGAUCAUUUGUUUUCAAAGAUAGUGUAUAAACUCAGCAACCAAAAAUGAAUUGUUCAUACAGCAUCUGGGAAAGAGAAAGUUACAGUAAGAUAGGAUAAGUGGUAGGAUAAGGAGUGUUGCUGACACCAGGAGAUGCAGUCCAAAAAGCCAGGUGGCUUUCUCACAAAAUGAAUUUACCAGAAGGUUUGAUCAUGCCCCAAGUGUAGUCUCAGUGGGCUUUAGUAGACAGAUGAAUCAGGGGAUUCUCGUUACAAUAGACAUUUGGAUUUAAAUGGUGCUUUUGAGUGUGUUUAAUAAUAUAAGAGAGUAAAAAGAGAAUACCCUAAAGAGGGUCUGUAAUCAGUCUGUUAAUUUUCACCCUUUAAUCCUAGGAAUGAAUAUGAUAGACAGUAAAAGAAAAUCUAUGAUAAGGCUUCCUUCGAGUGAAAGUAAACUUUUUAAAUGCCCAAGUUAUGGAGACUUGAAAAGGGUAAACCUGUUUCAACUCCCAAGUUUAUAUAUUCAAAGUAUUUACUUCAAAUUCAGAAGCCAAAAGUUUGUGGUCAUGAUUACCAGGAAGUUCAGGCCAGAAUGAGUCCCCAGAGAGCCAGGCCAGUCCUGGGUACUUGCAGUCGGAUGAGCCUGGCCUGAAAGUCACAGUUCAGUUGCCUUUUCCUCAUUCAGGCUUGCUGUCCAGAACCUCAUGCUAGCUUAGGUUGCACAUUUGCAUUGCUGCCAUGUCUUUACUGGAAACUUAGUAGAACGGAAGUGGACACCAACAUGGAGAUGCUACUUGCUAGGUUUUACAGAACCCCAGGAGACCGUCCUUUAGCCCACUCUGUCCACUGUACCUGCACCCAGCCCCCUAGCCUCUGCAGUCCACGUGUAGGCUCUAGGAGCAGCCGGAGUGUGGUAUGUGACAGUAUCCCCAGUGGGUGGCGCUGCUCUUCAUGUUGUAAAGUGAUGUCUUAAUUGGCACAAAUACCACACAGACCUGUGUACCUCCCAGACGGCCUUAUUCCUCUUUCUUGCACACCUCUCCUGGGAUUUGUGAGGUGUACAAGUUGGCCUGCUUGACUUUGGGUCCUAAGUUUUCAAGUGACCAUCAGUACCAGGGGAAGCAUUUCAUGGAGCCUGCAUGUGGAAUGCCCACAGCUUACCUUGGACAGAGUGGUGUUUUGUUCAGAAUUCAAGUCAGCCUGGGCACUUCUCUCCAGGAGGAUGCACAGGCUUAAGUUAGAAUGUGUCUGAUAGAUUUUGCGUGUCCAAGCGUUUGUUCUAUUUCUGGCCUAUGUUUUCUUGUGGACAUUAUAAACCCCAGCAAAUCCACUGUUAGGUAAAUUGUUUUAAACCUUGCAGCUUUAUUACUCUCCUUCCCCAAAGAAUGUAGUUUGAAUUUUUCUCCUUUUGAUAGUAGAGGCCAUAACUGCCGUUGUAUUACUAAUGAUGCAACAUGAAUCUGAGGGUGCCUAACUGCUUAAAAAACAGCCAUCACAGUAACUGGGGGAGGAGUGAGGUGGCACAGGCACAAGUGGGCUCCCCCUGCGUAGUAAGGACUGAGGGGUCGCAGGCCCGUGUCCUGCACCCUUGCUGCGUUCACUGUGGAGCGUGUUUCUUUGCCUACCUUUGGCUUUCUUCAUCUGUGUUCAGAGUACCUUCUGGAAGCAGUAGUGCCCUGUGUUUUCAUUGUCUGACAUGUUAGGGUCUGAGUAGAGCAAAGCUACUUACAGAGGCUUUUUAAAAGCUGUGCUUGAGAACAUUGCCAUAAGUGAGCCAGGCCUCAAGGGCCCUGUUUUUCAGCCGAUUUCAGCAGGAGAGGUACGUGCAAAGUCUCACUCAGAUUUGGAGUUGACAUCUUUCUUUAAAAUGCUAAGAUGCAAUAUCUAUCACUUUGAAGUGGGAAAAAUGCAAAAUUGUGUUUCCCUUUUAUCUGUGUGAAUCCUUAGGAAAUGCGUGUUUUAAAAUAUGUGUUCUAAAUGGUCUUUUUAUUCUGUAUCACUGCUUUGGCCACGUGGCUCUCACGACUCCAUUACACCGGAUUCUCAGCUCCCUGCAGUGUUGGGGACAAGACGCUGUGGAAUGACAGCAAGGUUUUUGUCUCAUGAGCACGAUACUGCAUCAUUAACAUUUUUAAUGGUAUGGAUUUUAUACCAUCUGUGUAUGUUUGCAAAUAUUAAGUUAUUACAUGUUUUAAAAUGAGCAUUUUUCAUCCUAAAUUUUAUAUGUUUGCAAAUAUAUUUUUUUAAUAAAAUUCCGAAACCCAGUUUUAGCACGUA